AUUUUUCCGGUACGUAUUGCAGUAAUUUAUAAUUUAGCAUAACUUUUAAUGAUUUAAUAUUGAUUCUUUUUAAUGGUUUGUUUUUCCAAAUCAUACAGUCAAUGCUGUUGGAGUUGUUACACAUUUUCCUGAAAACUUAAGUUCUGAGAUGUUGAAAAAGUGGAUACUUAAAAAUGUUUUGGCCCCAGUCCUGCAAAGAUUCAUGCAUGUGCUCAACUUUGAUGAGAGUAAUUGCAUGUGGAAUGUUAAUCAUAUACUGAACUCUAAAUUAGCCUUUGAAUUAAAGCUAAAUUUUAUUUUCAUCCUCACAAAUGAAUAUAAAUGAAGACCUUAGAUAAAGUAUGAUGCUCUGAAGGAUAAAAUUCAACUGCAGAUGUGGGAAUUUGUGGAGCAGAUAAUACGAGCAGUACAGCCUUUUAUCAGAACAUACAAAGAUCCAAAACGAAUUCACCCCCAGCCUGCACACCAACAUGUUGUGACAGCUCAUCUUUAGGAACAGUGUAAAAUACGGUCUUCAAAAGUACUCAGGGCCCACCUACUUGUCUAUAAAAUGAUUUUAAACAGCAGCUCAUUUAGUACUGUAUUUUGACAGCUGAGAUGUCUUCAAGUGCGAACAUGCUGUAUUAAUUUUCAUUAGCAAACAAACGGUGUGCAGAUGGGAAGCAGCAUGAGGCGGUGGGUCAGGGCACUGGCAAGAGUUGUGCUCAGUUUAUCACAGUCCUUCUGCAAGCCCAGAGCAGAACACCCUUUUUGUUCACUUUCCAAACUGUGACAGUUCUUCCUGACCUCAUUAAGUUGUUGAGAAGAUAAAUACAUUUAAAUAUUGUGAGGAAUUCAAUAAUGGCAGAUAUAAAUACUCAAGAAGUAGGAUAUAAAAGGUGGUUGCUGAUAGAUGCCUGAUGUCAGUGGAGUUAAGAAGUCCAUGUGGACCGUAUUUCAAACUUCUUGUCAAUCAAGUGCGAUGAGUCAUAAAACCUAUGGAGAUUAAGCCACUAAAUCAGAUUCCUUGAGGCAGACAUGCUGGGGAAUAUUCUUAAAUUUAUAAGGCUCUCUAAGCCGUUGGCCAAUGGAAACGUGAAGUCUGAGGAUUAUAGGCUGUGGCCAUGCUGAUUUCAUGCUUGUUUACUUCCCAGUUCUAGCCCUAUAGUCUCCAGAAUUAAAGAAAAACAGCCUGUAUUAUCUUGGGGACAACUGCAAUGAAUUGGCAACAAUGUCUUAUAGUUGUUGCAGUUUAUAGCACAGCCUUCUGGUAACUGGUGUAUUUAUUUUAAAACAUCUCCUAGGAAAAAGAGGCCUCCGCCAUGAACUGAAUGGCACUAUAUGUUUAUGCAAAAUUACUCAUGGGUAUUAAUUUUUGAAAUAUUUGAAGCCCAAGACCUGCAAUGAGUUCUGCCUGUGAGCACAAGUCUAUCAAUGUGAUUCAGAAUUAAGGCAUUAAUUGGGUGUGACAAAGCAGAGUUGUGUCUGGACAAGCAGCAAACUAGAUGCCAACUCCAUUUUGCACAGCAAAAAUUCCGUGGGAGGUCUGCUGUGUCUGCGCAGAGCCUCCUUCGCCCCCAGCCCAGGACGGGAGCUGCGGUUUGCAACAGAGCCGGCAAAUACGGGGGAUUGCGGUGCACAGGUAACGACGAGAGUGGGAACAAUCCGCUUCUCUCAACAACAGCACAACACUGCGUCGUGAGGCUGUCUCCCGCUUCUAAAGCCGCCGGAGCUGGAGGCAGCGGCGGAGAUGGCGCGGCUGGUGGCCGUUUGCAGAGACGGAGAGGAGGAGUUCCCCUUCGAGAAGAGGCAGAUUCCCCUCUACAUCGAUGACACCCUCACGAUGGUGAUGGAAUUUCCUGAUAACGUGCUAAACCUUGAUGGACAUCAGAAUAACAGUGCGCAGCUAAAACAGUUCAUUCAGAGACAUAGCAUGCUUAAACAGCAGGAUCUAAACAUCGCCAUGAUGGUGACAUCGCGUGAAGUCUUGAGUGCACUUUCUCAGCUGGUCCCGUGUGUUGGCUGUCGCCGUAGCGUGGAGCGGCUGUUUUCUCAGCUCGUCGAGUCUGGAAAUCCAGCGCUUGAGCCCCUGACAGUAGGGCCAAAGGGGGUUCUUUCUGUAACUCGGAGCUGUAUGACUGAUGCAAAGAAGCUUUACACACUGUUUUAUGUGCAUGGGUCCAAACUGAAUGAUAUGAUUGAUGCAAUUCCAAAAAGUAAGAAGAACAAGAGAUGUCAGCUACACUCCCUGGACACACACAAACCAAAACCUUUGGGGGGUUGUUGGAUGGAUGUGUGGGAGCUCAUGUCCCAGGAGUGCAGGGAUGAAGUAGUUUUAAUUGACUCUAGUUGUCUUCUAGAAACGUUAGAAACCUAUCUACGAAAACACAGGUUUUGCACUGACUGCAAAAAUAAAGUACUUCGGGCGUACAAUAUUCUCAUUGGUGAGCUGGACUGCAGCAAAGAAAAGGGCUACUGCGCCGCGCUUUAUGAGGGUUUGCGCUGCUGUCCCCAUGAACGGCACAUACACGUAUGCUGUGAAACAGAUUUCAUCGCACACCUCUUGGGUCGGGCUGAACCAGAGUUCGCAGGAGGGUAUGAACGAAGAGAAAGGCAUGCUAAGACAAUAGACAUAGCCCAAGAAGAAGUUUUGACCUGCCUGGGUAUUCAUCUUUAUGAAAGAUUGCACCGAAUCUGGCAAAAGUUGCGAGCUGAGGAACAAACGUGGCAGAUGCUUUUUUACCUAGGUGUUGAUGCUUUACGCAAGAGCUUUGAGAUGGCUGUGGAAAAAGUACAGGGUAUUAGUCGAUUGGAACAGCUGUGUGAAGAAUUUUCAGAAGAAGAAAGAGUGCGGGAGCUUAAACAAGAGAAGAAGCGGCAGAAACGAAAGAACAGACGGAAAAAUAAGUGUGUGUGUGAGAUCCCUGCUCCUCUGCCGGCGACAGAAGAGAAGGAGCUGAGUCAAGCCAAGGAAAAUUCAAACUUCACGGAAAGUAGCUGCAAAGCCUGUGGCAGCACCGAAGAAGCAAACAAUUGUGUAGAAGUAAUUGUUACUAACGACAGCACUUCUUGCACUUGUCCUACUAGUGGUACCCUAUUAGGUUCACCUAAAAUCAAGAAAGGUUUAUCUCCGCAUUGUAACGGCAGCGAUUGCGGCUACUCGUCCAGCAUGGAGGGCAGCGAAACGGGGUCUCGAGAGGGAUCGGAUGUGGCCUGCACUGAAGGCAUUUGCAACCACGAUGAAAACGGAGAUGACUCGUGUGUCCAUCGCUGCGACGACAAAGAGGAGGAUGGAGAUAGCUGUGUGGAGUGUUGGGCUAACUCAGAAGAGAAUAACACAAAAGGCAAAAACAAAAAGAAGAAAAAGAAAAGUAAAACUUUGAAGUGCGAGAAUGAACACAUUCAGAAACUUGGAAGCUGUAUGGCAGAUUCAGGGAGCAGAGAGACCUCAGGAAACAUCAUGCACACAGAGUUUCAUCGUGACAAGACCAAAGACACACAUGCUGAAAGCUGCUGUAGCUCAGAAAAAAGCGGGCAGCAGUUGCCUUGGUUUGAGCACAUGAAAAAUGUGUCACAGUUUGCAGAACCGACAGAAAUGUCACUUGUUCCUGAUACUGGAAAAGGUGCCAAGAGCUUAGUGGAACUCCUUGAUGAGUCUGAAUGCACUUCUGAUGAGGAAAUCUUUAUCUCACAAGAUGAAAUCCAGUCCUUCAUGGCAAACAACAAGUCUUUUUACAGCAAUAGAGAACAAUACCGACAGCAUCUGAAGGAGAAAUUUAAUAAAUACUGCCGCUUAAACGAUCACAAGAGGCCAAUUUGUAAUGGUUGGUUGACAACGGCUGGAGCGAACUAAACACAAUAAAAUAGCUCUGUCUUUCACUGAAAUUCUCAAGAUGACUACUGCGCCUUCUCUUUCAAAAACUUAAUUUAGUGACUUAUGGCAAAAUUUAUCUUAAAUUAAUGUGAUUCUUUUUUUUCUUGUUUUUUUUUGGGGAGGCUGGUGGAGGUGAUUUCAUUAAUUUUUGUUCUUUCUUCAGGCUUGUAUCUUUAGUUGAGUAGCUGUGCAAGCCUCUCUUAUAAUUUAAGCCAUCUCUUUUCAUUAAAUGUUUCUCUUACUGUGAGACUUACAAAAAGCAAACCUAGUGGCAAAGUAAUGUUGUACCUAUAAUUCUGUACAGAAUGACAAUGAGCUGAAUAUAAGAUUUUACAAAGUAGACAUCCAUUCGCAAAAUGUUUUGGAUGUAAUAUGUUAAAGCGCAAUGUGCAAAAUUUAAAUAAAGAAUAUUUAUUAAUAUGCAUAGUAAAA